UCCCGGCGGCGGAAGGAGGAGAGGAAGAAAGGGGCGAGACCCGGUGCCCGGCAGCGGCGCGAGGCUCUCGCUCGGCGCGCGGACGUCUCCAGCCGGGCACGCGGCAUUCGAGGGUCGGUGUCGGCGCCGAGCCCUCUCCCGGGCAGCCGCCGCUGCUGCCGUGGGGCUCGGGCGGCGACGGAGCGGGGCUGGCCGCGGGGCGGGCGGGGAGGGAGGAGGCGGUGAAGGCGGCGGGCCGGGGGGGAAGAUGCCGCUGGCGCAGCUGGCGGACCCGUGGCAGAAGAUGGCUGUGGAGAGCCCGUCCGACAGCGCUGAGAAUGGACAGCAAAUUAUGGAUGAACCUAUGGGAGAGGAGGAGAUUAAUCCACAAACUGAAGAAGGCAGUAUCAAAGAAAUUGCAAUCACACAUCAUGUAAAGGAAGGACAUGAAAAGGCAGAUCCUUCCCAAUUUGAACUUUUAAAAGUGUUAGGGCAGGGGUCAUUUGGAAAGGUUUUCUUAGUCAAAAAAAUCUCAGGCUCUGAUGCUAGACAGCUUUAUGCCAUGAAAGUAUUGAAGAAAGCCACGUUGAAAGUUCGAGACCGUGUUCGGACAAAAAUGGAGCGUGAUAUCUUGGUAGAAGUUAAUCAUCCUUUUAUUGUCAAGUUGCAUUAUGCUUUUCAAACCGAAGGGAAGUUGUAUCUUAUUUUGGAUUUUCUCAGGGGAGGAGAUUUGUUUACACGCUUAUCCAAAGAGGUGAUGUUCACAGAAGAAGAUGUCAAAUUCUACUUGGCUGAACUUGCACUUGCUUUAGACCAUCUACAUAGCCUGGGGAUAAUCUAUAGAGACUUAAAACCAGAAAACAUACUUCUUGAUGAGGAAGGUCACAUCAAGUUAACAGAUUUUGGCCUAAGUAAAGAGUCUAUUGACCAUGAAAAGAAGGCAUAUUCUUUUUGUGGAACUGUGGAAUAUAUGGCUCCAGAAGUAGUUAAUCGUCGAGGUCAUACUCAGAGUGCGGACUGGUGGUCUUUUGGUGUGUUAAUGUUUGAGAUGCUCACUGGUACACUACCUUUCCAAGGAAAAGAUCGAAAAGAAACAAUGACUAUGAUUCUUAAAGCCAAACUUGGGAUGCCGCAGUUUUUGAGUCCUGAAGCCCAGAGUCUUUUACGAAUGCUUUUCAAACGAAAUCCUGCAAACAGAUUAGGCGCAGGACCAGAUGGAGUUGAAGAAAUUAAAAGACAUUCAUUUUUCUCAACAAUAGACUGGAAUAAACUGUACAGAAGAGAAAUUCAUCCACCUUUUAAACCUGCAACUGGCAGGCCUGAAGAUACAUUCUAUUUUGAUCCUGAGUUUACUGCAAAAACUCCCAAAGAUUCACCUGGCAUUCCACCUAGUGCUAAUGCACAUCAGCUUUUUCGAGGGUUUAGUUUUGUUGCUAUUACCUCAGAUGAUGAAAGCCAAGCCAUGCAGACAGUUGGUGUGCAUUCAAUUGUUCAGCAGUUACACAGGAACAGUAUUCAGUUUACUGAUGGAUAUGAAGUAAAAGAAGAUAUUGGAGUUGGCUCCUACUCCGUUUGCAAGAGAUGUAUACAUAAAGCCACAAACAUGGAGUUUGCAGUGAAGAUUAUCGAUAAAAGCAAGCGAGACCCAACAGAAGAAAUUGAAAUUCUUCUUCGUUAUGGGCAGCAUCCAAACAUUAUUACUCUAAAGGAUGUAUAUGAUGAUGGAAAAUAUGUGUAUGUAGUGACAGAACUUAUGAAAGGGGGUGAAUUGCUGGAUAAAAUUCUUAGACAGAAAUUUUUCUCUGAACGAGAGGCCAGUGCUGUCCUGUUUACUAUAACCAAAACUGUUGAAUAUCUUCAUGCACAAGGGGUGGUUCACAGAGACUUGAAACCUAGCAACAUUCUUUAUGUGGAUGAAUCUGGCAAUCCAGAAUCUAUUCGAAUUUGUGAUUUUGGCUUUGCCAAACAGCUAAGAGCGGAAAAUGGUCUUCUCAUGACUCCUUGUUAUACUGCAAAUUUUGUUGCACCAGAGGUUUUAAAACGACAAGGCUAUGAUGCUGCUUGUGAUAUAUGGAGUCUUGGUGUCCUCCUCUAUACGAUGCUUACUGGUUACACUCCAUUUGCAAAUGGCCCUGAUGAUACACCAGAGGAAAUAUUGGCACGGAUAGGCAGCGGAAAAUUCUCACUCAGUGGUGGUUACUGGAAUUCUGUUUCAGACACAGCAAAGGACCUGGUGUCAAAGAUGCUUCAUGUGGACCCUCAUCAGAGACUGACUGCUGCCCUUGUGCUCAGACACCCUUGGAUCGUCCACUGGGACCAGCUGCCGCAAUACCAACUGAACAGACAGGACGCGCCGCAUCUAGUCAAGGGUGCCAUGGCAGCUACGUAUUCUGCUUUAAACCGUAAUCAGUCACCAGUUUUGGAACCAGUAGGCCGCUCUACUCUUGCUCAGCGGAGAGGUAUUAAAAAAAUCACCUCCACAGCCCUGUGAAGUGACCUCAGUGAGAUAUUUGGUACCAUGGUGUAAGCUGAUAGCACAAGUUCUGGCGACAGGGAGCACAUAUCUGAGAGACACCUGCAAGCACACACUGUCCCAGCUGGUACCCAUAAUGCUGCUGCUCCUGCUGCUGCUCCUGCUUUCGUCUCUUCUCGCUUUAAAUGAUUGUUAGCAAGUUAGAUUUUCCUGGAGCUUCGGAUGAAAUGAAAAUGGAAACAUGACGAAGAUAUAUUCACUGAAUCAACAAGAAGAAUAAUGAACAUAUGAAUACCACCUAAAAAUACACUGAAUAAAGUACUCUACACCAUAUAGCAUUAUUUUUAUAGGAAAUAUUUCAUGUCCCUUAAAUAUUCUUUGUUAGUUAUAGGGAUGGACAGUUUAUGUUAAGCACUUAGCUUAAACAAUCCGUUUAUAUUAGCACUGUAUCCCUUGUGCCAUCCAACAUUUUGUAUGUUUUUGUAAACAGUUCAUAUACAGUACAUUUCUGUACUGCUUUCUUUAAUGUAUACAUGCCUUGUUUAACUUGGAAUCUAUUAUUAUUAAUCAAUUGACUAUUAAAUCUGGUUAAAUAGUUCACCUGGAUUAACGGUAUUGUUGGACAGCCCUAAAAAUGGCCAGAUUGUGGAACAGCUGUUGAAUGUAAUACUUCCAAAAUGUACAUAUCUUUCCCCAUGUCUGUUUCACUGGUUCGUUCGUUUGUUUGUUUCUUAAAGUCAGGUGCUCUGUCAGACUAACCUAGAGAGCUGUUAUGGUAGAGAAAGUUAUAUGUGUGUGGCGUGACAUCAAGAGUACACCUAUGAAGUUAGUCCAUAUACUUUGCAACUCCUUAGGGUUCUUUUUUCCUUAAUAAAGGAAGUAGUCCUUGCA